UAUAGUAUCAGUAAGGCUACUAUAAACUUCAGUAGCCCUAGUAUCAGUAGUGUUUAUUUCGUAUUUUGUUAGUUACCUCGUAACCUCGUUGCGUUGCUUGUAAGUAUUUUUGAUGAGAGUAUCGAGUUAAAAAUGAAUUAUUCAACGAGUGAAGAAGACGAUUUAUUAAUAGUUACCUCUCUUUUCGUAAUAAUUGAGCUGUUGAAAAUAAGGCGACAACAGCGAAAACGUAGAUUAAGGGAACGUUUGGACUGGUUGCACAAGAGACGGCGAGUACGUCCUUUAGCUCUACGAAUGCAGGCAGCUGGGGAUGAAUAUCAAAAUCUGUUCAAAAUACUUUUAGAAGAGCAAGAUAACGUUAAAUUUUUCAAGUACACGCGCAUGACUUUUAUUCAAUGGGAACGCUUAUUAAAUCUUGUCACUCCAUUUUUACGCAAAUCCCAUAACGGUCGAGGCGCAGACUUUUCACCUGAACGAGAUUUAGUUAUCACUAUUAGGUACUUUGUAACCGGUAGUCAGUUUUGUGAUUUAGCGAUGACUUUCGGAUGCACCGGUGAAUCAACAGUUGGAUCAGUUGUGAGAAGAACAUCCUUAGCAAUCAUACAAGCACUGAGGCCCACAGAAUUGUACAACCGAAACGAAUAUUACUAUCGCUAUACAAUGAAAAAAUUUUGGACUGAUCGCCAGAUGCCAAAUUGUUGCGGUGUCAUAGCUGGAAAACAUAUAACUGUACAGAAACUUCCUAAUCCUAAUGCUGGGACCUCGCAUCAUAAUGAUGGAGAUCGUUUCAGUUUAGUUCUCUUAGCUAUAUGUGAUGCGAAUUAUAGAUUUACAAGUAUCGAUAUCGGUCAAUACGAUAGUGUAAGUGACGGAGGUGUGUUCUCAGAGUCUCCUACGAGUGAGCCUUUGAAUGAAAAGGCCGAUUUACCUCGCGAACCACUAACUUUACCAAACACUAACGUAGCAAUCCCAGCAUAUUUCGUAGCAGAUGAAGCGUUUCCGCUAUCGACGCGAAUCAUGAGACCAUAUCCUGGUGAAAAUCUUGACAAAGGUGAGCAGAUAUUCAACUACCGUUUAUCGAGAGUUAUGAGUCUGAUUGAAAACACUUUCGGUAUACUUGCUAUGAGAUGGAAAAUUUUUCGAACCCCUAUCACCGUUAAGGAUGUAGAAGGAAUUGACCACAUUGUUCAAAGCAUACUGUGCCUACACAACUAUUUGCAACCUACAAACAACGAAAUGGCGGAAAAUCAGCAUCUAUAUUGCCCAAAAAAUGUAGUUGAUCAUGAGGAUAGCAAUGGUGUUUUGAUACCUGGCAGAUGGAGGCAGAAGUCCAUCGCAUUUGCACCUAUACCAGCUGGAAAACCGAACGAAUCAGCAGCAAAUGUUCACAUGCAUCGUCAACUGUUGAAGGAUUUUUUUGUCUCUGAUAAAAGUUGUCCAUGGCAGGAAUCGUACGCUUUAAAAGAUGAAUCAAUUGUACUUUGAAAUAGAAUUUUACAUUAUUUUUAAUGAUUUUGAAUUUCAAUUAUUAUGCCGAUUUAUUCGCAGUUUAUGACUCGAAUAAUUCAAAUCUACAAUUUUUUUUUUGAAGAAAUUAAACUUAUUUCUUAAAUUUUUCAAGAAGAUACGUGACGAUUUACAG